AUUAAAACGAGAUCUUUAUGUCGACAACUUAUUAACCGGAUCCAAUUCUUUGACCGAAAUUUUAAAAUUGCGUGACGAAAUCAUUCAACUAGUGCGAAAGGGUGGAUUUGAACUCAGACAAUGGGCUUCGAAUCACCGACACGCACUGGAUAAUUUCGAUCAAAGAACCUUAGAUUUAGAUUGUGCUAUUAAUGAUGAUCCUAUCUCUAAAACUUUGGGCAUAGCAUGGAAUUCUCUAACUGACGAAUUUAUCUAUACAGUCAAAUCAAACGAUUCAUCACGAAAAAUAACUAAACGAACCAUUUUAUCUGACAUUGCAAAAAUUUUCGAUCCUAUCGGAAUUCUCGGUCCUAUUGUAUUAGCGGCAAAAACCAUCAUUCAAGAAUGUUGGAAAUUAAAGGUCCAUUGGGAUGAAACGGUCCCACAAGAGUUGCAUUUGCGCUGGUGUAAAUUUGCUGAACAAUUACCCCUAAUCAAAGACUUUUCGGUUGAACGAAAUAUUUUAAUUCCUGAUCCGACUGACAUACAACUGCAUGGAUUUUGUGAUGCUAGUAGAGUAGGCUAUGGUGCUUGCAUUUAUAUAAGAUCAGUGAAUAAACAUGGAGACGUGAUCGUGAAAUUAGUUUGUUCCAAAUCUCGAGUUGCUCCCAUUAAAGAUGUUACAAUUCCAAAAUUAGAAUUAUGUGGAGCAUUAUUACUUGCUAAAUUAUAUAAGGAUACAAUUCCUUCAUUUAACUUUGACAUAUCUAAAGUCACAUUUUGGUCUGAUUCAACUAUUGUACUUCAAUGGCUCAAACGAUCUCCCAGCACUCUCAAGGUCUUUGAAGCGAAUCGCGUUACACAAAUUCAAACCCUUUGCAGUAAAAUCGAAUGGCGACAUGUCAGAACCAAGGAUAACCCGGCAGAUUGCUUAUCUAGAGGUCAACUUCCUUCUGAAUUUCUAAAUAACAAAAUGUGGUUGAUAGGUCCUACGUGGCUAUCACAGGAUCCUCUCAAUUGGCCUAACUUAAAGCCAACAGUUCUUUCUGAACUUCCUGGUGUUCGAAAAAUUACUUGUUUACUAGCUUCCACUGACAAUUUAUUUAAACGGUUUUCAUCAUAUUCUAAACUUAUAAAUUCUUUUUCCUAUUGUUUGCGAAUGUUAAAAGAUAAUCCAUUCAAACACAAACCUUUAAACGUAGAAGAAAAAUUAUUAACUGAAAUUAAAAUCUUAACUCUGAUUCAAAACGAACAAUAUUAUGAUGAAAUCAAACAAAUUAAAGAAACCGGAGAGACUAAAAAUCUACGAUUACGAUGCCUUAAUCCAUUUAUUGAUUCAAACGGAUUAUUGAGAGUGGGAGGCCGUUUGAAACAUGCUCCUAUAUCCUUUUCGAAAUCAUCCUAUUUUAUUACCUUCACGUCAUUAUGUUACGGAUCUAAUUAUUAGAGAAACUCAUGAAAGUUUGUAUCAUUCGGGUAUACAAAGUACACUUUCAAAUCUUAGACAUAAGUUUUGGCUGCUAGAUGGCAAAAAUCAAGUACGUAAAAUCAUUAGACAUUGCGUUAAAUGCAUUCGAUAUCAACCAAUUCUCUUACAAAGUAAAAUGGCCGAUUUGCCUAGUUCUAGAGUCUCGGAAUCUCCGCCAUUUUCUCACGUAGGAAUUGAUUAUUUUGGACCUCUCUUUAUCAAGGAACGUAAAUUUCGAAACAGAACUAAAGUCAAGGUCUAUGGAUGUGUUUUUGUUUGCAUGGCUACUAAGGCUGUACAUUUAGAAAUCGUAAGUGACUUAACUACCGAGGGUUUCUUAGGAGCUUUCGGACGUUUUAUUGGUAGAAGAGGGGUUCCAUCUCAUGUAUAUUCUGAUAAUGGUACCAAUUUUGUGGGUGCAAAUAAUCAAUUAAUAGAACUUUACCAACUAUUCAACUCUAAGUCCCAUCAGGACAUUGUUAACAACUAUGCCAUAAAGAGAAACAUUGUCUGGAAAUUCAAUCCACCUUUAUCUCCUCAUUUCGGGGGUAUCUGGGAGGCGGCAGUCAAGUCAUUUAAACACCAUUUUAAACGAGUAGUGAAAGAACAACUUUUAACAUUUGAAGAAUUAAAUUCUCUGGCUAUACAAAUUGAAUCUAUAUUAAAUUCUCGUCCUCUAUGUUCAUUGUCAAGUGAUCCUAAUGAUCCUAUUGCUUUAACUCCUGCACACAUUUUAAUAGGUCGUCCUCUCACUAUGCUACCUGAAAAUGAUUUUUCUGACGUUCCAGAUAAUAGACUAAGCUCAUGGCAAUUCACUGUCAAGGCGCGACAAGAUUUCUGGAAACGCUGGUAUUUGGAAUACCUUCAUGAGUUGCAGACCAGGCAAAAAUGGGACUCCAAUCGAGGGGAUAUUAAGGUCAAUCAAAUUGUCUUACUGAUGGAAAAAACCAACCCUGUAUGCGGUGGCAGCUGGGAGUAG